CGCUACGUUCUCUUGACCCAAUCUAACCUGCCAUUGAAAUCUGAAACUCAAGAAUUUUUUCCCUCUCUCUUCUCCAAACGGAUUCACAAUCAAAAUCUAGAAGUAGUAGAAGAAGAAGGGUUUUUGUUGUUUUCUUUGCCUCGAGGAAAUGAAUUUGGAAACUCCGAAUGUGGAUCUUCCGGCGACGGACAAAGAAGUCGUACCGGAGAAGAUUGAAGAUGAAGAGAUCGACGAGCCUUUGAUUCACUGCGAGCUUUGCGAUGCGGAACUUGUUCAUAAACUCGCUCAGGUUCUCCUUCCUGGAUUGUCAACCGCGUGCGUCGAUAACACGAGUGGCGAUAUCUUUCGAACCCCUGGUUCCGUGGCUGCCGAAAUGAGGAAAGAAAUGGUGGAUUAUAUUACUAUGAGGAGCGAAAUUUGUGUUGCGGAAUCCAUAAUUUUGGAUAAUGCUCCGGAUGCUGAGGUAUCUGAUCAUCCCUACGAUAUUAUCUCUGAUUUUGUUGAGGAUUUUGCUGCUACGAAGAGAAAUUUGUUUAGUAGAGUUUCGGGAUGGGUUCUAAGUGAGAAAAGAGAGGAUAGGAUUGAUGAUUUUGUUCAAGAAAUGGAUGUUAAUGGUUUUUGGCCGCUUGAUAGGAGAGAAGCAAUUGCUCAAGUUCUGCUUAAGAAUGUAGAUUUUAAGAACGAGUUUCAUUGUGACCAGAAAUUUCACUCUGUAGAAGAGUUAGCUGAACAUGUUGUAAACUGUGGAUUUAGGUCUCUAAUCUGCACAAAUGAAGGCUGCUGUGCUACAUUUUGUGCAAACCACGCAGAACAGCAUGAUUCAAUUUGCCCCUUCAAGAUAAUUCUGUGUGAACAGAAGUGUUCUGCCUUCAUUAUGAGACGCGAAAUGGAUCGCCAUUGCAUAACUGUUUGUCCUAUGAAGCUUGUGAACUGCCCCUUCCAUAAUUUGGGUUGUCAAUCCCCUGUUCCUUACAGUUUGAUAUCGCAGCAUUGUUCAGAGAGUUUUGAUUCUCAUUUGCUGCUUAUUCUUCACUCUGUUCACAAGGAGGCAAAUGAAGAGACUCUUAAACAUAGACGGCAACAGCUUGAAGAGGCAUCAUCACUUGACUACCUUAGAGGGCUCCAAAAUCUGCGAUUGUUAACCUCGAAAAUCAAAGAACUGGAUUCUAAGCUAGGACCAUUAGUAGUCAUUGGCACGAAGGAGGACACUGAAGAAGCGAAGGACGAUGCGUCUAGUAAAACUGAUGAAGAGAAGGACAAGUCUAAUGCAACGGACGAAAAGAAGGGCGUGCCUAAUGCAACAGAAGAAACGAAGGACGACGCAUCUAUUGUAACAACUGAAGAACCGAACGAUGCUUCUAAGGCCUUGGAAGAAACGGAGGAUGCUUCUAAGACAACGGAAGAACCGAACGAUGCUUCUAAGGCAACGGAAGAAACGAAGAGCGGUUCAAAUUAGUAAGAAAUGAUUCAGAUGAAGCUGAAAGAUAAAACUUCGACACCAUUUGAAAUAUCUCUCAUUUUCAGAAGCAGCCUUGGCUUUGGCAAAGAAGAAGUCCAUAUUAACAUCCACUGGGUCAGUUUCUUUCUCUCCUAGCUCUUUCUUAUGCAGUUCUAUUCAUAUUUCCCAGUGCAAGCCAAAUGUAUGAUUAUUUGACUCAGAUAUCGUGUAUUCUAGGGACAUGCUAACAUGAACCUAGCUCAACUGAUUAAGAGGUUAA